UUUGCAGGUUGACAUAUGAGAACAGGAUAUAAAGUAUAAACAAAAUACACCCAUUAUGAUUUUCUAUUUCAGCCAUCCUACAAGGUGUCCUGGUCCUGUGGUUGCAAAGCCCAAAUCAUGAGCCCUCCACUAUCAUGUUGGUAUGAGGUGUUACUUGCUAAAAACUUGAUUUAGACGUUCCAUUUAUCUCAUGCUCCGGGUACUUUGGUUCAUACAUAACUUGUCCUGCGUUUGACUUGUUUGUAUGAAUUUGAAACUUUCAGAUUUUUAAAAUCUUAAAUUGCUGCUAAAUCUAAAAGUACUCACAUUUUUCUCUCAUGUCCUCAUGACCAAACGGUGCUCUAUGUUUGAGUGUUAACUGACUGACAACAUUAAUGUAUGCAGGAGAUGCAGGGACAGGCAGCACCUUCAGGCCCACCGAUGCACUUAUGUUAAUGAACUCUGAGCAAUUUAUGCAGGCAUUCUGCCAAGUUCUUACAGUUGGAUUGACGUCUGUAAAAGUGAUACCAAAAAUGUCUUCAUGCUCCGCUGCACGGUGUGUAAAGAACCAACGUAUUUCUGUGGACCUUUGCUCUGGUUUGUGCUGUUAAAAACCCACUGUGGUGGCCUCUCAGUGGUCACUGUGCAGAAGGAGGCUCUGCAUACAAAUUGCACUUUGACUUAGUUGUUUGUUGCAGCUGUUUACAGAAGAGAAAUCUCUGCAGCGAUGACCACUUUUGAUGACAUCUUGGAAGAAGCUGGGAAGUUCGGACGCUGCCAGAAGCGAAUCUUCACCCUGCUGUGUAUGGUGUCCAUGCCCUGGGCCGGUGUUUACGUCGGGAUCGUCUUCCAGGGCUUCACCCCGGAUCACUGGUGCCGGGACUGUGCAGUGGUGGAGAUGAGGCAGGCAUGCGGCUGGAGCCUGGCAGACAGUCACCAGCUGACGGUGCCUGUGGUCAACAACUCUGGUGUGCUACAACACAGCAGUUGCGAGCUGUACGAGGUGGACUGGAAUGCCACGGGGCUUACCUGUGGUGCACAGAAGUUGGAUCUCAGCAGGACUCCCACAACGGGCUGCACAGAGGGCUGGGAGUACGACUAUGAGGGAAGGCAGUCCUUUGUUACUGAGUUUGACCUGGUGUGUGCUGAUGGAUGGUUGGUGGACAUGUAUCAGGCCACUCUGAACGUGGGCUUUCUGAUUGGGAGCAUUGCUAUCGGCUACUUGGCUGACAGGUUUGGCAGAAAGAUGAGCUUCCUCAUGUCCAACCUCCUGAACGGCAUCACAGGCAUCCUGGUGGCCAUAGCUCCAAACUACGUGGCUCUACUGGUUUUCAGGACCCUUUAUGGGUUUGGAGUGAAAGGAGGCUGGGUGGCUGGAUAUGUGCUGAUCACAGAGAUUGUGGGGGUGGAGUUCAGACGUACAGUGGGUGUCAUCUACCAGAUGUUUUUCAGUGUCGGCAUCCUCAUCCUCCCUCUGCUUGCCUACUUCAUCACUGACUGGCGCUGGCUGCAGGUGGUCAUUACCGUCCCUUACAUCAUCUUCAUGUCCUACUACUGGUUUAUCCCAGAGUCUCCACGGUGGCUCCUUUCUCAGAACAAGAAGUCCAGAGCUGUGAAGAUCACAGAGGACAUGGCCAAAGAAAAUGGCAUGACUUUGUCUAAGAAUAUCGAGACUCUGACUGAUGAUAACGCAGACUCCUCUACUGCCUCCUUUAUGGACCUAAUCAGAACUCCAAAAAUGAGGAAACACACUUUAAUUUUGAGUUACAAUUGGUUUACCAGUGCUGUGGUGUACCAGGGUUUGAUCAUGCGACUGGGCAUUCUGGGAGGAAAUGUCUACAUUGACUUCCUCAUCUCUGGUCUGGUGGAGUUCCCUGCCGCCUUCCUCAUCCUCUUCACCAUUGAGCGCAUUGGAAGGCGCAUCCCGUUUGCCUCAGCCAACAUCAUAGCCGGAGCUUCCUGCUUCAUCACUGCAUUCAUUCCUGACAGCAUGUUCUGGUUUAAGACCGUGGUGGCUUGCAUUGGACGGCUGGGGAUCACCAUGGCCUUUGAGAUGGUUGUGUUUGUUAACACUGAGCUCUACCCAACAUUUGUCAGGAACCUGGGAGUAUCGGUUUGCUCCACACUGUGUGAUGUUGGAGGCAUCAUGGCUCCCUUCCUGCUCUACAGACUGGCUGUAAUCUGGCUGGAACUGCCACUCAUCAUUUUUGGGUCUCUGGCUUUCCUGGCUGGUGGUUUAGUGCUUCUACUUCCUGAGACCAGAGGUGUGCCGCUACCCGACACCAUCAAUGACAUUGAGUUCCCCGACAGAGUGAAGGAGAAGGUUGUACUGAAGAACCAGCAGUUGGCCAACCUGCUGCCCAACGACAACAACGUUUCAUCCAACAAAGAUCCGUCAACUGUUUAAUCUUCUUCAGUGACCAAAGUAUUUAUUUAUGUUGUUAAACAGUGUUUCCUGUUAUUAUUAGUUAUCUCCUUAAUGUGUGUGUGUGUCUGUAAGAUGUUUGUGUUGAGAUUAAUCUGUUGUGUUUUCUGCCAUGGAA